CAGGGUUGAACUGUACUUACGUCCUACUGACUCCUACAGCACCGAUCUGCCAGCACAUACUUCACGCCUUGCUUGACAGCGGCGACGACAUCGAUACGACAACAAUGGCAUCGACACCGGCACCCAGCAAACUCACGCGAUCCAUACCUUUCACGCCCAAACGUCCGCUUUCCUCUGCAUCCAGCAGUGAACUCCCCUCUGCAAUAAAGACCAGCGUCCUUGGCUCGACAGCAAAGAAAUUUAAGGCAGCUUUAUCUUCUGAGUCACGACUGCGGACUACCGCAUCGACCAAGUCGUCUCUUCCAACAGUGCCCGCAACUCCAGCAAAGAAGUCAUUCGAAGGAGCCCGCCCUCGUACACCUGGAACGCCUAGGAGUCAAACUCCAAAUUCCCACAUGAACGCGAGUGAUAUGGAUGUCAGUCGCAUUGAUCCAGAAGAGGCACUAGUCGACUUUCAGACCGUCGAGCCCGGCGAUGUUUCAGGGGACAUCGAUGAAGCCGCAAUCCCUGGACCUAACUAUGGAAAGGACGACAAGGUUCUUGUGUCUAUCAGAAUUCGCCCCACCACCUCCACACACGUCGGAUGGGAUCAUAGUGCACAACGCACCAUCAAGCUCUUCCCUCAAUACGCAAAGUCAACUGCCAGCACACCACCAGAGUUCCAUUUUGACGAAGUCAUUACUGGCUCUGAGAACAAGCCAGUCUACAAUGCUGUGGCUCGCAGUCAUGUAUGCGCUGCUAUGGACGGCUACAACUCUGUUAUCUUCGCUUAUGGUCAGACAGCCAGCGGGAAAACAUUCACUCUUACUGGAAACGAAGAUCAACCCGGCAUAAUACCGCGUGCAAUGAAGGAUGUGUUUGCUUACAUCCGCCGCACACCCACUCGUGAAUAUCUUCUUCGGUGCUCUUACCUCGAAAUUUACAAUGAAACGAUAUAUGAUCUGCUCGCACCGCCUUCGAUGUCUGCUGCUCAGCCUGUCCAAAUUCAGGGUUCGGGUAUUCUCGUGCCACUUCGGGAAGAAGUCGUGACGAGCUUGAAGAGCGUCAAAGAAGUCCUUGAGCGAGGAGAAAGGAACAGAAGGACGGCUAGCACAGACUGGAAUGAACGAAGUAGUCGAAGCCACAGCGUGUUCCGACUCGUAGUGGAGAGUAGGGAGAGGGGAGAGGGAAGGAGCGAAACACCAAGCGGUCGUCACACUCCUGGCAUGCGCCCACCGACGCCUGGCGGAACUCGACUACAAACUAUCGGAGGAAGAAGCGUUCAGACUUCGGUGCUGAGCCUGAUCGAUCUUGCUGGUUCCGAAAAAGCCACUUCAGAUAAAGAGAGAACCAGGGAGGGGAAGUACAUCAACACCAGCUUGCUGACACUCGGAAGCGUCAUUGGCACUCUUGCAGAGAACGCUGCAAAGAAUAAAAAUGACCACGUACCUUAUCGUAACUCCAAGCUCACACGACUGCUUCAGCCUUCACUCUCAGGAGAUGCUCGAAUCUCUGUAAUAUGCACCAUUAAUCCUGAUGCAAGUGCUGUGGCAGAAAGCACGAGUACGCUUUUGUUCGCUCAGAGGAUUAAACGAGUGCAGCUUAAUGCGAAGAAGAAAGAGAUUGUCGACACUGAUGCCUUGAUAGAACGAUACAGGAAAGAGAUUGAGGACCUCAAGACCAAGCUUUCAGAACGAGAAGCGGAAGCACCUUCUCGAACUCGCAGGCUCUCAGCGCGCGAGCAAAUUGACGAAUCAAAAGCGAUGAAGGACCUCAACUCUCGAAUCCAGCAACUCACGAAACUCAUCCUAACGUCUCAAACGGUAGAUGAAAACAAAGGAGACGAAUCACGUCCUGCCAGCCCAUCCAAAGUUGAUUUCGAUAUGUCACCAUACGAGCUUCAACAAGAGCUUCUUGCGACUCGCCUUCAACUGGAGUCACAGUCAACUCAAAUACUUUCCCUAGAGGCCGCUCUCCUGUCUCGCCCAGAACUUCCCCCAGAUGCUUCAGAAACCGAGAAAGACAAGCUCAUUGCUGAGCAAGCGAAGACGAUCCGUGAGCUUGAAAUUGUAGUGCGUGGGUAUGAGGAUAAUCUAGGGGAGCCUCUGAGAGCCGUCAGAGAAGACGUUGAGAAGGAAUGGGUCGGCAAACUUGAGGAAGAAGUAAAGAAGCGAGAAGAAAAGGAAGCUUGGGCGGCUGAACUUGUCAGGCAGCUGGACAAAGAAAAGAAGCUAAGGAUAAAACUUGAGGAGGAACGUCGUGCUCUUGCAUCUUUCGUCAGCAAAUUCGAUUCGCUAGGCCUUGGCCUUAGCGCACUACCUUCGAAACUCAAGCCUGCAAAGCCGACGCCGGGAGGUGCAUCAGCAGCAUUCGCUGAACGUCAACAGAGCCGAGCUGCAAACGUGGCGCACGCGAUCACGGAAGAUGCAGAGUCCUCUCCCAUCCGCGUUGAUUUCAGCAGUAUGAAGGCGCAACCAAGUCUUCUGGAUCAAAUGCCCGAGGAGGAGUGGUCACUUAUGGACGACGUAAGUUUCGAGAUGGAGUCUGUGAGGCAUAAGUCCGGAAUGAAGAGGUCGGAGUGGAGUAAAGAGAACGUCCCAUUAAUGUAACUUUGACAUGUUCAUUUUCCCCCGGAUCACUUGUACUUUUGAUCUUGUUGUAUGUAUUAAUGUGUUUUCAUUUUACUACAAUUUAUGCACUGUCCUAUCGAGGAAACACCCGUUGAGCUUGCUCGUCCGUGUCCCCCUGCUCAACUGAGGAAGCCAGCCCGG